CACCCAACAGCUCUUUGGUGAAGAAAAAAGUCUCGCGUCCAAAACCAGAAAAACCAUAGUAGUGCAGGUAGUAAAAUGAGCGCUGCAACUACCCUUGUAUAUGGACCAAUACUAGUUUCCCAGCGUCAAAUUCCCAGGCUCAAUAGAUUUUCCAAUUUCAAAUUGGAUAUCUCUCGCAAAUUCCUAUCCCAAAAAUCCACCUCUCACUGUACACUAAUUCCCCCUAUCAUGAUGGAUUCCGUCGAGAAUCGAGCUGCUGCUGCCGGCGAUGAAGGUGUCAGUCUUGGAGGUUUAGAGCAAGAAGCUCUUAUUGAUGGAUCCAUAAUUUUUUCUUCUCGUGGAAUUCAAGCUACCCUCAAUAACCUGAGUAAGUGGUUAAUGGCUGCAGUUUUCGGUAUUAUCCUCCUCCGGAGGCAUGAUAUGGAAGCACUAUGGGCUACUUCAGGUGGAGUUCUCAAUGCCGGUCUUUCAACUGCACUGAAGGGGAUACUUAACCAUGAACGCCCCGUUUCAACAUUAAGAUCAGAUCCUGGGAUGCCUUCUUCACAUGCGCAGUCGAUCUUCUACACAGUGGCAUUCUGUAUCAUCUCAAUGGUUAAAUACUUCGGGUUCAGUGGAAUAACUGCGGUCACUGGCGUGCUUAUCUUUGCAAUGGGCUCAUACUUUUCAUGGCUACGGGUUUUGCAACGACUUCACACGCUAAACCAAGUAGCAGUGGGUGCAGUACUAGGAUUCUGUUUUUCCAUUUUUUGGUUCUGGCUGUGGGAUGCCAUAGUCAUGAAGGCAUUUAUAGACCACUUUUGGGUUCGGAUUGUAGCUUUUGUUGGCGCUGCUGGUUUUUGUGUCGGUUUUCUCCUAUAUGUGAUUCGAAAUUGGGUUAUUGAAGACCUACAUUGAUUCAAUAUAGCGUGUGAACAUGAUUCAGACUAA